AUGCUCAGUGCCCUCUCAGGGGCUGCUCCAGCCGCUCUUGCCACCACAGUGGCCGUAAGACCGGCUCCGCUUGAUCACAUAUUCCAGCGCUGCAAGCUGAACCUAGUGGAGUUUACGGCGCAGGACAUCUAUCAGGUGUGCACAACGGCGUACAAUAUGGACACCAUUGGCAUGACACAAGACCCGGACUUCAUGCGAGGCCUCCAUGAUGCCUUUCGCCGCUCCGACCAGACAGUCCUCUCACCUUUUCAGGCGAACCUUAUCGCUGACACCUUCCGCAAGGUGGGCAUCAUCAGUUCACCGAAGGAGGUGGCUGUACCGGAGGAAGAGGCUGUAUCACCAGAGUCGCUCAUUAUGGUACUCCGUUCCAUGAAUAUCAUGAAACAGCGUGAUGAACGCAAGAUGAACACGGUGCUGAAGCUGAUGUUUCCGAUCCUUGAUGAGUUUAGCCCAACGCAGCUUUCGCUUACAGUCACAGAGUUGGCACGCCUGAAGUGCCAAAGUACGGAUUUUCUUGGUAAGCUGGCAAAACGCAUCAUUGAGUUUAGUGAUGAUUUGAGUCCGCUUGAUAUAUCACUCACCGCUAUGAGUCUUGCAUACUGCCCAGGGGUAUCGCACACCAUUCUUCGCCGCGUGUUUCAAAUAGUGGAGGAGCGCAUGGGUGAAUUUCAGCCAGAAGAUUAUGUUAAUGUUCUUUACGCUCUAAACGCUCUGGGCCCAAAAUUUUUAAUGAUCUUCCGUCGUUUGGUGGAGUGUGGUUUAGAGCACGUAGAGAACAUGGAUGCGGUAACGCUCACAAACUACCUUGUAUGCUUUACAACAAUGAAUUACAGGCAACUUGAACAUGUGGAGAUUUACGCAGAUGCUCUCGUAGAAGUUGCAACGGAUCUUUCAGAGAAGGAACUGGUUCAGGCGUUUAUUGCGCUGCAACGCCUACAUCUACUUAGUGACACUAUGUUUGGUACAAUGGCAUCGUGUGCAAUGCGGUAUGCAGCGAAAAUGGAUCCGCGAAACAUUGCACCCAUUAUAGAUAUCUGCAGCACUGUUCCGCACCCUUCUGGGCCCCUUAUGAAGGCUCUUUUGGACCGUGCCAUGGAAUGUACUCGCAUCCUAUCACCAAACCAGCUUGGCGACAUUCUUAACCUUAUCGGACUUUAUCCUCCAGCGCGAGAGCAUCCACUCGUGCAAAUGUUUGGUAAACAGGCCCGACUUCGGCUUGACUUAAUGGGACCUGAACCUCUUGCAGGUGCUACGCGCGGUUUGGCCAACCUUGGCUACGCCGAUCCUGAGUUUUACAUUCAGGCCGCUGAAACAGGUUUUCGUUACGGGUUUAAGGACUGGUCUUUGCUGGAGCCCAUCCUUAUGGGACUCAGCAUUACGGGUCAGUGUCCACCGUCCAUGGUGCGGGUGCUCGGUUCCCAUCUAGCACCAAUGGCUCGUUCAAUGAGCCUUUUAGAUAUUGAAAGGGCAAAUCGUUACAUGAAACGUCUUGGAUGUGAAGAUGACUUUGUGUACAAGGCCAUGGCUUCGCGUGUGCUACAAUUUGUAAAGGAUAUUACGCCGGAUAUGCCAGAGGAAUUACAGAUCCUACUUCAAAGAGGUGCAGUAGAGCCUAGCACUGCACCUGGUUUGAUUUAG